UAAGUACACUAAGUAGGACAACUGUAACAAAUAUUGUUCCCCGCGCCACGGUUGCUGCGGGUGCUUACCCAGCAUUGACGCGAAAGUCGGGGAGCGGAGCACAGUGUAUUGAUCAGCAUGUUCAAGAAGCAGCCACUGUUUCAGCGGGGGAAAAGGAGAAUGGCAGAAAGAUGAGAAGGAAAACAAUAGCAAAGCGCAUUUUCGACCUCGAAUAUGAAGAAGAGGAGGAGGAAGACCCUAAAUAUGAAGACUUUGACAUCACGACAUCGCACAGCCAGCCUCUAUGUGUACGUAAACGUUUAACGGUUAUUUGUAGUCUGGUCUUUAUACAGUAGCUGCCCAUUCCGUGAGGGGCGAGUUUUUGUCGCUCACGAUUUAUGUCGCUAAUUACCCUACACGGGCUGUCUAUUACAGCACAGACUGCAGAAGAGAAGAAAGCACACACACCCGGUGAAAGAGAACGGAGAAGAGAAUCCACCAUGCAACACCGCUCUCCAGAAGUUGAAAACGAGGGUUUGGGUCGACUCUUAUCAUAUAAUAAUUUUGGGACAAAGUUUUCUCUAUUAUCUGUCGGGGUUGUCACGCGUCUGCUCAUUAUGGUGGCAUCAUAUGCGCAUGUUGACCGACCGACAUGAAUCCUAUUUGUACGUUAGUAAUAUAACACCCCACCUCCUUACUUGAGGGUUUACAACUUGGAAGCCACAAGGCUGUAGUAGUAGUGACACAGAGAGCAUUCACCUCUCAGCGGUGUUUUGUCAUAAUGGCGCUGAUGUGAGAGAGAGGCAUGGUGGGGGCAGCCAUUGAUCUCAAUGAUGGAGAGAGGAGAGGAGAGCACAAACCUUUGGCAAGGGGAGGUGGUGAAAAGAAGGACAAGCCUAGACAGCAACAAGUAACAUGUUGCUGCUACUCCUAAAUAAAGACAAGAAUCUAUGAAGAAUAAUAUUUUAUAAUCAUCACAGUCUACCCCUGGGAUUUUCUGAGGUUUCAAUCUGGCUAUACAUUAUAUAAUACAAAAUUAAAAAAUACACUGACUGACCCACAAUUACAUACAAGUGAGACAACUUAUAUGACUGAUUUCUUAUCUCCAAACAGGUACUAGUGUCAGACAACCCCAGCGUCGAACACAUAGAGGAUGGCGACUUCAUGCCAGAGGUACACUGGCUGAUGGCAGUGUGUGUGAGUGCGUGUGUGUGAGUGAGUGCGUGCGUGCAUAUGGUUUAGGCCACAGCGUUUAAGACUGUCUAUGUAUGACUUUUUGACUUCUUAAUGUCUCUGAAGGGUCUUGGAGGCCUACAGUCACGCUCAAAGGCUGACCUGGUUGCCAUGGUGCUGAGCAUGCAGAGCGAGAUGGACAGCCUGAGGGAGCAAAUCAGAUGCCUCACAGGUGAGGGCCAGGCAGGAGGAGUAGGAGGAAGUUGCCCCUAGACACUGAUCUAAGUUCACUUUUUUAUUUCCCCUGCUAAUGAUUAAGGUCAGGAAUCAGGGGUGGUAUGCUGUUCCUAGAUCUGUGCCUAAGAGCAACCCAGGAUGCUUAAAUAUCUUUGAUUUUUGUGGGAUUCAUGCUAAUGACUGCCAUACUAUUGUAUGCUAGCGUGUGGAAAGUUGGCACGUAACCUGGAGGCCCUGAUCGAGAGGACGGAGGUGUGGUCGAGCAGCACGGACCGGAGAACUACGUCUCCCAGCAUGCCUGAGAUCCUGGUGAGGAGUGGUGCCAUGACAACAUCGGCUCUGCUGGCCUCUCCAGGGGUGCUGAAUGGGUGCUGGUCGGCCAAACUAGAGCCCCCUCACCCCCACCAGAAUGGACACCCUCCGGGGUCUCAUGAGGGGGGUUCCCAGAUCAACGGACCACCCCUCUAUCAGGAGGUGAUGAACCCCUUUAAGUGUCUUUGACAUCAAAAAUAUAUAUCAAACAUUUUCGGGAGAGGUUAAAAACUGUAUUAGAAGUCACUUUUGAUGUCAUGCAAUAUGCAAAAUUAUAUGUUUUCUUUGAAGUUGACUGAAAGGCCCUUGUUCUUGGUCUUAUAGCAGAAUGUCAAUAUACAGUGGGGUCCAUAAUGAUUGGCACCCUUGAUAAAUAUGAGCAAAAAAGACUGUAUAAAAUAAAUAAUACAAAUACUGAGCUAUAUUGUAUGCCCAAAAAUAUUUUAUAGUAAUACAAUUGCUCAGAGAAAGAGAUUUUGUUUAACAAGUAAUAAAAUAAAAUAUAGGUGUCAAAAUUAUUGCCACCCCUGUUUUCAAUUCUCUAGCACCCGUCCCUUGUGAGGAUAAUGGCACUGAGACUUUUUCUAAAAUGUGUUAUGAGAUUGGAGAACACAUUGGGAGGGAUCUUAGACCAUUCCUCAAUUCAGAAUCUUUCUAUAUCCUUGAUAUCGUUCGUCUGUGCUUAUGGACUGCCCUCUUCAAUUCAAACCACAGGUUUUCAAUGAGGUUCAAGUCCAGAGACUGAGAUGGCCAUUGCAAAAUGUUGAUUUUGUGGUGAAUUAACCAUUUCUUUGUGGAUUUUGAUUAGUGCUUGGGGUUAUUGUCUUGCUGGAAGAUCCACUUAAGGCCAAGUGUCAGCCUCCUGGCAGAGACAACCAGGUUUUUGGCUAAAAUGUCCUGGUACCGGGUAAAGUUCAUGAUGCCGUUGACCAUACCAAGGGCCCCAGGAACAGUGGAAGCAAAAUAAUUUGGACCCCUAUCUCUUUCUCUGAGCAAUUGUAUUAGUAUAAAAUAAUAUAAUUUCCCUUUUUUUUUUGCAUAUAAUAUAGCUCAGUAUUUAUAUUAUUUAUUUUAUACAGUCUUUUUUUCUCAUCUUUAUCUAGGGUGCCAAUAAUUAGGGACCCCACUGUAUCUCUAAAAUGGGAUGGGCCACCACAAUUUCAAAGAUGCAACCUAAUGUCUUAUACCCUCCAGUUCAUCACUGCGGAGCUGCUUGACCGCUGUAACACGGGGACAACUGCCCAGAAGCUGACCAACGACCUGCUCCGGGGCCUCUAUGAGAGGGACUGCCUGGCCUCUCACUCUAUCUCCGGCAUCGUCAACAACAAGAGGGGCCAACCCAAGCCUGCCCUGCCUGCAGACGAGAUCCAGGCAAUACUGAGUAAGGUCUCGUCUUUACUGCAGUCUGAGACAGCUAGACACACCCCCUCAUAACAGCUAGACACCCCCCUCCCUCAUAACAUCUAGAUACACCCCCUCAUAACAGCAAGUCACACCCCCUCAUAACAGCUAGUCACACCCCCUCAUAACAGCUAGUCACACCCCCAUACUGCAGUUGAACAUGUCUCACUUCCCACACUUACCUCAUGCUGCAAUGGAAAUACUUUUCACAUCAACUUUAUACUUUCCUAUUAAAGUUAGUUGAAUGCAGUGACUGUAAGUCGAUCUGGAUAAGUGUCUGCUAAAUUACUAAUGUAACAGUGUUGCCAUUGUCUGUUACCAGAACUGUCGUUUUAUAGACCACGGUAAUCUUGGUACAGGCAUAGAGAUGUAUAGAGAUCUCAACUUUGUAUCUGACAACAUGGGUAGCGCCAUUGAGGAUAACUCCAUUUUAAAGAUUUUGAUAAUUUUGAUGUUUGAAAAAAGAGUGUAAAGCUAAUAUCGGUGAUUUACUGGCACCUGCAGUGCUGGAGUCUUGAACCAAAUCUUGUCAUUCAUUUAUUGUGGCCACUUGAUGGCGGUGAUAUAGCUUAAAGCCAUUUACAAACUAGGCAAAACAAUUUGCAGAAGAAGACAAUGCUCUGAUCAUUGGCUGAUCGCUUCCAACCCAUAGGAAUCCCCACCCAGUUGACUACUUUAAAAUGGUGGAGACCCUCAAUGGAAAUGUCCAUGCAAAAACGGGUUAUGUCCAAGUAAUGAUAACUUUACAUCUCUAUAGGUUUCUGAUCUUUGACCUCUCACCCACAGGGGUGGUGCAGCACUACUUCCCAGGGAAGACGGACUCGGAAAUCAAGGGCUACAUCCGCCAGAAGCUACAGAACGAAGCCAAGCGGCUCCGCAAGAAGCCUAAUUUGGCCUUGAAGGCGGAGCCAGAGGCCGGGUCUGAGGGGGCGGAGACUACUUUCUACACCUAAGGGGUGUGGCCCCGCCGAGCCCCACCCCCUGUUCCACCCAGGGAGUGAAGUGCCCCACCCCUGUCCAGG